CACAGAGCAUUACUCAGUUGCUUCGCGUCCGUCUGACGAGUUGGUUCGUUGUGUUUUUGGUGAAACGCCACUUGUGCGUUACGGUUUUGCUCCCCGCUCUAUUUCUGUCUCGCUCGCUCGUUCGUUCUCUGACUGUAUUUCUCGCUCUCGUUGUUGUGACUGUUGCCUGUGUGUUUCUGUGCGUGUGCGUACGUGUGUGUGUAUAUGUGGGGGAGCAAACAACAACAACCACAACGACAACAACAGCACGCAGAAGAGGAAGAAAAGCAAAAGCAGUUGGCAAAGGGAAUCAUAGAGCAAAGAAUUCAUAUGAAUUGGGGGUGGGCGGCGAACAAGCAAAACGACAACCCUGUAAGCACCACCACCCCCUCGGAACGUGCAUAAAAGCGUGAUUCUUAACUGCGCCAUUCACACAAACACACAUGCACACACGCAUACUUACACACACACAGUUAUAAGCGCGAGCAUAUUCACAAGUGACAACAAACAAACAAACAACCAACAAUAACAAAAAAAAAAAAAGAAACAAGAAAAGGUGACAACAGACAACGACAACGAAGUGAACAACGCGCAGGAUAAUUGCACGCGGAUUACAUAAACAGCACUCGUCGCGCCUCGUUUCGCUUUGUGGGCGUGGCAUUCAAAAGCAAGCAAACAAACCAAAAGCCACAAAAACAACAACAACAACUACAAUUGGAAUAACAAUAGCAGCAACAAGAGCAGCUGUAAUGUGCCAUUGCCAGCAAACGAGAUUAAUUCACAUCAUUCACUCAUCAAUUUCAUCAUUAUUAUCAUCAUUAACACAAUGCGCAACGCGUCCAGAGCGACGCCACUAGCAGCAGCAGCGACGCCGCAUCAGCAGCAGAAGCAGCAGCAGCAGGAGCAGGAUCACAUCAUCACCAUCAGCACUGCCAGCUUAAGCGAGCAGUCACAGGAGGCGCCACUCAAACAUUAUCAAACACCAGCAACUGUAGAGGGCGCUGCAACUGCAACUGGAACGGGAGCAGGAACAAUUAUCGGAGCGACAAACGUACAGCAAUCGAUAACACAGGGAUCACAACAACAAUCGUCGGACUCCACAUCGAAACGAUCUGGUGGCGCCCUCUGUCGUGUCAGUCAGCUAGUCAGCUAUCAGAAUAACAUUGCCGAUGUGCAGCAUCGACGGGGACGUCGUCUGCAUGGACUGCAGUUGCCGCUGCAUCCGUUGCAGCUUUUCGGCUGGCUUGUGCUGCUGCUCUUCGGUGUGGCCAGCUAUUGGGUAUUAAUACCAGCAUUUCAUGCACCCAUUCAAGGACCCCUCUAUGGUCUAAUCUCUGGCCUGUACGUCGUGCAUAUUGCCGCCCAUUUGACCGCUCUGCUGACCGAUCCCGCCGACAAAGAGUUGCGUCGCGUGCAUCGCAACGAUCGCAUUGUGCCCGAAUUCGAUCGCAGCAAACACGGUCACGUCAUCGAGAACGGACGGUGUCAUUUGUGCAACAUUCGCACCUCGACGCCGCGCACCAAACACUGCUCCGUGUGCAACAAGUGUGUGGGGAAGUUUGAUCAUCAUUGCAAGUGGCUGAAUCACUGCAUCGGCUCGCGCAACUAUGUCGCCUUCCUAAUGUGCGUCGUCAGCGCUGUGGUGGCCACGCUGGUCAUUGUGGCCGCCGUCAUUGGCCAAAUUGUGCUGUACUAUGUGCAACCCGAUUGGCUCAGCUUCUAUUGGUGCAACAGUCGCUUGGAGUCGACGGAGUUGGAGUCCAGUGACUACAUCAAUCUCACGCUAAGUCUGAGCAAUGGCACCAUGAUGCUCUUGGAGCAGGAGACGGAGGAGCAACAGCUCUAUGUGGACACACAACUGGAUAAUCUAACGGUGUCCACGUUGCCCACGCUGUUGGACAACUUUACGGCCCUUCUGGAGCAGACAACGACAACACCGACGACGACAACGUCGCAGGUGAAUCACACACAGGUGACACCGCUUGUCGCUGGCAUCGGGGUCCAUGAGACCAUCUAUCUGCUGCUCCUGGGCGUGCUAGGUUUGCUGGCCGCCAUUAGUGCCGGACUGCUGCUGCAUCUGUGCUUCUUUCACAUCUACAUCUCGUUCCUGGGACUCACGACGUACGAGUACAUUCGCAAUCAUCGACAGGCGCAGGAGGCGAAAGCCAAACAGUUGCUCGAGCAGGGCAAAAAUGGGGGCGUGCACUUCAAUCCACAGUUGCCCACACUGCAACAUCCGUCCAAGUUGCCUGCUGCAGGCACUCAGCUCUACUGCUGCUCCAGCGUGCCGCAUCCCAAUCAACAACAGCAGCAGCAGCCGUUGCCCGAUGCAGGGGGAGCAGCAGGAGUAGCACAUCAGCUGCAUUGUUGUGCCAGCUCGAGGGAAUUCCAUCAGCAGGCACGCCAAGCGGUCUAUGUGUGCUCGCUGCUACAGGAGCGACGCCACGAUCAUCUCCAGCAGCAACUGGAUGCAGUGGAUGCUGCGCAUGAGGCGUCCUCGUUGCGUGCCUCGUUCCACUGCUGCUCGAGUUAUGCGGCCAGCGCCAUGCAGCGACGUGUGAGCACGGCGGCCAGCGCUAAGGCGGCGCUUGAGCCGCGACAGCGUGCCCCAAGGGGCGUGGCAGGCAGCGCCGCUGCCUAUUUGCAGUACACGGAACAGUGCACGCUUUGCACGUUUCAGUUGCGGAGUCCGUUGCGCGGGGGUCGCGGAAGUGCAGCGGGCAGCAGCAGCACACGGACUCUAGCCAGCCAAACGGCCACGCCCUCGGCCUCGUCGUCGGCAUCGGCCGCUGGGAAUAUAUCGAAGCAUCAGCGCUGGCGUCGAAAAUGGAAUUGUUGCGCCAAUGUGCCCGACAGUCCGGAUGUGCCCAACGAUCUGCUCGCUGCGUUGUCGUAUCGCGAGCACGCCGCCACCGUCAGUGGCAAGAUCAAUGCCAGCGAGCUGCCCGUGCAGUUCAUACGCAGCCUCGAGGUGCCACAUGGCGGCGGUGGCAACGAGUUGCCGCUGCCCCUGAAGACGCCGCGCAGCUCCCGCUUGCGGCACAUGCUGCGACUGCUAGGACGCUAUCGUCGGACACGUUGUCAACGGGGCGGAGCUCAUGGGAAUCACGGUGUGGCAGCGGCGGAGCAGCAUGUGGCCGCCAUCAAGCAGAAUCAGAUACGUCCGCUGCAGCUGGCGGGACGAGGCUACGAUGCGGGCUACGAUGCCUCGACGACGACGCCGCCACCGCAAAGUUCGCCGAGUCGCAACAGCAGCGACAGCAUCAGCAACAGCAGCGAGCUGAGCACAGAUCACGGCGGGAAGGAACUAAUGCUACUGCCCACCAGCGUGAUACGCGACGAUUGUGUCACGACCAGCUAUCAGUUGACGCUGCCACCCGCAUUGCCGCCACCCACGCGUCGCAAGAUGCCCAAUGCCAGCGAACUGGCUGAGCUCGCCGAAACGUUGGGCUUUGUCACCUCGCAUUCACCGUCAUCGGCAUCGUCGCAUUCCUCGUCCAAUUGCAGUCGCCAACUGCCGGGAUUGGGCAACGUCUAUCGACGUCAGCGGCGCAAGCAUUUCCUGCGCACACGAUCGCCCACAUUGUCGCCCAUCCAUGAGUCGGGACUGUCGAAUCCCACAUCGCCGCAGCCGUUGCGUCACAGCCUCGUCAGCGGCAGCGGCAGCGCCAACAGUGUGGCCAAGUGUUCGCCGGAUGUGGCACGUUCCUCGGCGUCUCUGGUGCAGAAUCUCUGCGGUCUCGCCGGAGAAGCGUUGCGCAAGACCGCCUCGAAUAGUUCGCUGCAGAGCAUCAGCUCGAACUCGAGCAGCACUUAAGUAGAAGAUGGUGGAUUGUAGACAGUUCCUUGCAUGGUUUCUGCUUAGUCCAUAGGUUAGUCAUUAAAAGAUGCAAAAAGUGGAAACUCCGUUUAAAUCCCAGUCCAGUUUCCAAUUAUGGGAAUAAUACGCAUUCAAUCCGUCGGUUACCAAAUUCAAAUUCAAAGUUUGAGGCUUUAUUUCACUGUAAAUGCCCCCAAAUUGUCUAGGCGCUAUAAGUACGAUAUUAUUAUAUUAUUAUUAAAUACGCAGUAAAAGCUAAAACUAGUUCUAUUAUUUAACUAAUUCUUGUUGGACUUUGAUGU